AUGACGUCCUAUGGCAGCCUUGUGCUGCUCACGUCCCUUCUGUUCGAAGUCUUAGCCCUGAACAACCUCUCCGACACUCGACUCAAAGUGAUGGCGACCACAGCCAGCCUCUAUGCGCUCGUCUACUUCCUGAUCAGUCCCCCGCCGGGGUCGUUCAUGGCCGUGUGGCCGCUCGGCAUGAACAUCCACGGCCUGGUGCAACGCUGUAUUAGUUACUUGUGGCUGAGAAGCCCGACGGAGCUGGUGCGAAAGGAGAAGGAGAAAGAGAAGGGGGGCGAGAAGGGCCAGAAAAGAAAAAGAGUCAAGUUCUCGGGGGAGGGAGAGGAACUCGAACUUGACCGUGACGUCCCUGACAUCAGUGUCCUGGACGCGCUCGAUGUCGCCACCACCUUUCGCGGCGUAGGCUGGUUCGUCAAGCCCCUUUUCCUGCAAAGUCCUUGCAAGUCCUCUGCAGUUAACAAGCAUCCCUUACCACGGACCUAUAGCCAUGAUGGUACUUUCAGUCAUGAAAACCUCUUUGCUAACAUGAGAACAAUCAAUAGGCGGUUCGAGGCCAAAGGUCUUCCAGCUCGUGGUUCGUCAACCUCGUCAUCUCGCAUCAGCUUCGCCCUCUCCCAGCUGCUGAGUGCGGCCCUGAGGUUCCUCGCCCUCGACCUCGGCAUCACGUACGUCAACAAGUCCAUGUCAAGCCUGGACCUGGACCAGGUUUCCAUCGCCCGGCGCCUGGCUCUGGGCGCUCUCAUGAUGCUCUACGUCCGCUGGACCAUGGACAUCCCCUUCCGAGUGGCGUCUGGGCUGUUUGUUCUGGCCGGCGUCCACACCGCGGAAGAAUGGCCCCCCUUGUUCGGCGACUGGCAGGACGCCUACACCGUCCGCCGCUUCUGGUCGCACACCUGGCACCAGGGCAUGCGCUUGAUUGCAGAGCCGCCGGUCAACCUGUUCGUACACUCUGUGCUGGGUUUGCAGGCCCACGGCCACAACCACAGCCAGCUCCGCUACUGGGCCAAGGUCUUUGGCAACUUCUUCAUGGCCUUCGUCAACCAUGCCUACGGCCGCAUCCUGGCCGGCGGCGAUCCCAUGAACGACUGGAUCAUGUUUACGCUCCACCCGAUCGCGAUAUGGAUCGAGUCCUCGCUCCGCGACGUCGCCGUUGCCGCCGGUUGGCUGGACAGCCACCAUCGGUCCAGGAUCGAGAUCUACUGCGGCUACAUCUGGGUCGCUGGCUUUGUGUCCUGGACCUUCUUGGAUUUCAUGGACGGUGCUAUUCGCGUGCAUGGCAAUAUUCCCGCUCUUGCCAGUGGCUUGAUUGAGCCGGCGUUUGGCUACAGCUUUUGGACGCCGCUGCUACAGUAA